UUCCGUCGCUGCGAGGGCCGCACUUCCGCCUCGGUGUCAGCCGUGCCGGGCGGGGGGGUGCUGCGGUGGGGCCGUCGUGGGAGCGUGGUGUCAGAUCAUCUAAAGCAGCUGGGUGUUUGCAAAAGACUUCAGCAGCACACAGAUAUUUAAUCUCCAAAUCAAGUUCAACGAUGCAUUAGAGGAAGCUGGACUGGCUGUGCAGAUUCCACACUGAAGGAUGAAUAGUGAAGAAGAGUUUUAUGAUGCCGUUACGGGCUUUGAUUCUGACAAUUCUUCAGGAGACUUUUCAGAAGCAAACCAUAAAGUUGCAGAAAUGCUAGAUCUAGAUCCGCACCAAAGCAACAGAAGUGGAAAGCACAAUGGAGAGACAGAGAUACAAGAGAAUGGAAUUAAAAGACACAGGACAUCGUUGCCUGCCCCAAUGUUUUCUAGGAGUGAUUUUAGUGUGUGGAGCAUAUUGAAAAAAUGCAUUGGACUGGAGCUGUCUAAGAUUACAAUGCCUAUUGUUUUCAAUGAGCCAUUGAGUUUCCUUCAACGGAUAACAGAAUAUAUGGAACAUAUAUACCUCAUUAAUAAGGCUUGUAGUCAUGCAGACCCCCUGGAGAGAAUGCAGGCUGUAGCUGCUUUUGCAGUUUCUGCUGUAGCUUCUCAGUGGGAGAGAACUGGCAAACCGUUUAACCCGCUGUUAGGAGAAACCUAUGAAUUAACCAGGGAGGAUUUAGGAUUUAGGUUUAUAUCUGAGCAAGUCAGCCACCACCCACCCAUUAGUGCAUUCUAUUCAGAAGGCCUCAAUAAGGACUUUAUUUUUCAUGGAUCAAUCUAUCCCAAACUAAAGUUCUGGGGAAAGAGUAUAGAAGCGGAGCCCCGGGGAACAAUUACUUUGGAGCUUCUGAAACAUAACGAAGCUUACACAUGGACAAAUCCAACCUGCUGUGUACAUAAUGUAAUUAUUGGUAAACUGUGGUUGGAGCAAUAUGGAACAGUAGAAAUUGUAAAUCACAGUACUGGAGAUAAAUGUGUCCUUAAUUUUAAACCAUGUGGACUAUUUGGGAAAGAGCUUCACAGAGUAGAAGGCUACAUUCAGGACAAAAACAGGAAGAAGCUGUGUGUGAUCUAUGGCAAAUGGACAGAAUGUUUAUGGUGCACUGAUCCCAUGACAUAUGAGACUUACAAAAAGAAUGAAAGGAGAGGUGGUGAGCAGAAGAAAUCAAAGCCGAGUGAAGAUGUUAUUAAAUCUGAAAAUGAUGAAGCUGAUGAUAUGCCAGAGGUUCAAGACACAGUGCAGUUCAUACCAGGCAGUAAAUUGCUUUGGAGAAUAAAUUGUAGGCCACCAAACUCAUCACAGAUGUACAAUUUCACCAGUUUUGCUGUGAGUCUCAACGAGCUAGAAAAGGGCAUGGAAGCAAUAUUAGCUCCCACUGACUGUCGGCUACGACCAGAUAUCAGAAAUAUGGAGAAUGGAAACAUGGAUGUGGCUAGCAAAGAAAAGGAGAGGCUAGAAGAGAAACAGAGAGCUGCUCGCAAGGAGCGUGCAAGAGAUGAAGUGGAGUGGCACACGCGAUGGUUUCAUCAAGGCACUAACCCCUACACUGGGACUUCCGAUUGGCUGUACUCAGGUGGCUAUUUUGACAGAGAUUUCUCAGACUGUCCUGACAUAUACUGAAUUCAAACAACCAAUUCUCAUCUCACCUGGACAUCUAGUUACUAGAUUUCAUUCCAAGCCAGUUACUCUGGUUUUGUUGAUAGCAAAAAACCAGCUUUUCUAAGUAAAUUUUAACAAAAAAAAGUCUAUUGGUCAACAAUCAAGGAUUUAAUUAUCACUAACGUUGGAUUGCCAAAUAUUUAAGUGCUGUUGCAUUCUUUCCAUCAAACUGCACCAGAAAUCAUUAUGUUUUCACUAAUUUUUCAAAGGGGCCUUUGGUUCUUCAGGUUUUUUUCCCUAGUUUCUUUGUCAGGAAGAUUCGCUGUAUCUGGUAGAGCACAUAACAUCCUUGAGAACUACGUAACUUAAGUAAAAUAGAGAUAAUAUCCUUGUUACUUAGUACAAUAGUGAAGAAGCUGAAGUAUUUUGGAACUCGGAGCAGGGAUGGAAAGCUAAUAUGGUACCAACAAGAUCCAGUCUAGUCCUGUUGAUACUGCCCGUGAAGAGAUGCAUGUGAACUUCCGUACGGUAUGUAGCACUACCUGGGGGGCUGCAGCUCCUGGCCCCCGCCUCUCUGAAUAUGAUCCAAUAACUGAGAGACUCAAGGGAACAGAACCCAACCCGAGCUUCUCAAACUGUAGUUGUCUGUUACAGAGUCUUCACAACUUUUGGACACUGUGAGCAUUAAACUAUGUACCUGUGAUAAAAUUACAUAAAGCAUACUUUAGGAGAAGGAAAAAGUGCUUCAAAAAGUGCUUUUUCUGAAGUCAAAUGCUGUUCCUAAACCAGGAGAAGGUUCAGAAGCAUUUGCAGGAACCUAGAGGUGGUUACAAUGUAAAAUAUACUGCUUGCUACCACUCAGAGGCUUAAAACUUCUGCACUACCUUUUGGCAGCUUUGGCACUGUGUAUGCUUCUAGACUAACUUUUGAUUUGGAGGCACUAUGGUGUGUGUAUCCACGCAGGUUCACAUUUUGGGGAGGUUUUGGUUUGCAUGUUUUUCAUUAUUAGGUCAUGUCUGUUUUGUAUGUUGUGAAAAAGCAGAAUCAAUUUAAAGCUUUGGCAGAGUUACACCUAUUAGAAGUUUUCUGUGAGCAUGUCAUGUCAAAAGGUGGGAAAUUUAGGGUUUUUUUGGUUCCUUAUCAAACCAUCAAAGCUGUGCAAUCCUGGAAAUAAUCAGUUACUGAACUGAUGUGUUCAUUUGCUUUCAAAUGGAACAUUUCAGAGGGGUAAAGGGGGGAGAGAGGCUCAAAAAAACUAGGCUUAGUAAUUUAAACUUAAUCCUACUGUUGCUUCUUCUUUUAUUAAAGUUUUUAAUUGAGUAACUGGGUAAAAAUGGAGUGCAGCUGCACUGCUGUGAAGUUUACGGUAGUUGAGGAAUUGCUGGAGAUAAGCACCAGCACCUUGAGAACUCCAUGAAAGAACUAAUUGAUAUCCCAAACAUCUCUGGUUUCAUCCAGAGAGCAGAUUUUUCUUCUUUAAAGUGCUUCUCUCCCAGCCAAAGGGUUGAAAAACAAAAGAAAUUAACAUACUCAUGAAGAAGUAUUUUUAUCUCCUGAUUGAAUGAACUUCAAAUUUUGGGGAAAUUCAGUUGUCUUCAUUGGAAGGCUGAGAGAAGCUGUAAAACUUAAAGGCAGUAUGUAAGGGCCUAAUCUAAAUGUGCUUGUGGCAACUCCACUCUGUAGUUAGAAAUGGUACUUUGUGUUGAUUGCGAGUCUUGAGGCCUCACAAGCCAGAUGUGGUACCAUGGCACAGGCGGUAGGGUUGUGUUUGUUCCUAUUAAGUGCCUGGACACUUGGCUUUUAAAAUGACAUUGCUGAUCCGUAUGGGAUGGCAUAAGGAUAGUUUUAAUAAAGAACUGGAGUUUAAUGACCAUGCCAGGCACUCUAAUCCUCCUUCCAAACUCUCUGCAAGCAGUUUAGGGCCCCCUUUGUUAGGUGAGGAUUGACAGGAUUCAUGUCUUAAGCCAGUCUAACAUCUCAUGGGAGUUUAAAACUCUCCUAAACUAAAUUGUCUCUUCAGUGCUGGAGCAGUGUGUUUAAAAUGACACACACAAAGAGAAAUUACCGGAAUGGAAGACCUGCAGAGUUGUUACUAAGGAGAUACUCUGCUUCCAAGAAGUGCACAGGUUAGCAUCCCUCUCUCUAAGUUAUGAUUUACAUUCAAAGACAUAACCCUUGUGAAGGCAUAAAACCAAUGUGACACCUUUAAUCCAAACUUCAGCAUAGAACAUUCAUGGGAUUUAUAAAAGAAACUGGGAAGACUAAAGUAAAGAACACUUCAUUAGCUGUCUUUACCCCUUCCUCCAGUGUAAAGCUUUUAGUGAAGCUUCAUAUCAGUUCCAAAUCCAUUCAUCUAAUUUAUUGUUCUUCAUUGACAACACUCACAAACCCCUUACCCCUCGCUGCCACCACGUCUCUGCUUGGCUCGCUAUGGGACUUCUGAUGCUCUGAAGGCAAAGAAGUCAUUGUUUUGGAUGCAGAUCUUGCCUCAGUAGUUUACGUGUCAAAACAUUAAUAACUUUGCACCUUUUGAAAGAAUGUCACUUUUAUAACUUGAUUAAACACUUGUAUAUAACUGUGUUAGUAUAUGUUAAUAGAGCUAUGUAGAAAAACCAUCUCGAAAGAAAUUAUAAUAAAUACUUAAAUACCCUGAGGGCCUCUAGAUGGUGACAGAGUUUUGUGAGACUUUGCUACCAGGGCAGCUGUCAGGUAGGGCAGGAGGAGGGCUGGAGAUGACUGGUUCUGUUUUCGCCGUGAUGCUUAUUAGAUGAAGGUGAUUUAUAGCAGAGCUUUGAUCACCACCUGCUCUGCCAUCAAAGCUUCUUCCCCAGAUGGGGGUGGACUUGGUUCCUUAGCAGCCUGUGGCCUCUAAGAAGCCUGAGUUGAUAGCAGCCCACACCGAGAGCAGUGCUGGUGAGGGAUGUGGUGUGGAGGUUGCGCUGGGAACCUGGGAGGUGGCAGGGGAGAGAAACGGCCGCGGGCGGUGGGAGCGCUCCCGGUGUGGGGGCUUAGGCUGGCAUAUGGUCAGGUGUCAGCCGGAGUAGAGGGGACUUCUAAUAAAACACAGUGAAGGUAAAAGAA